UGAAAAACGUUACACUGGGGAGAGAGAGAGCUAGGUUACCAGAGAGAAAGAGAGUGGAAGAGUGAGAGAGUGAAAGAGGGGGAGACAGAAAGAGAGAGAGCGAGAGAGAGGGGGGGCAAAGAAUAGAAAGAGCAUUGUGUUGCUGCUGAGAAAGAACCCAUGUCCGCACAAAGAGAGAUGAAAGAGAAGAACCCCUGGCACACGCCAGUGACCAUCAUCUUCACUGUGAUUGGCGUCAUAGCGAUUGUUGCCUUGGUGACGGUAGCAGUUUUGCAGAACAGGCCUCUCCCCCAAAAGUACAAGUAUGGAAUCGUGCUGGACGCUGGAUCCUCCCACACAGCUCUGUAUAUCUACGAGUGGCCGGCAGAGAAAGAUAACAACACUGGCAGAGUUGAACAGACGCAUUCCUGCAAAGUCAAAGGCCCAGGUAUUUCCAGCUACGCGUCUGUUCCUAGGAAAGCCGGGGAGUCUCUGAGUGAGUGCAUGCAGGAGGCCAGGCAGCGAGUCCCUGAAAAGAGACACAGCGAGACCCCUCUUUACCUGGGUGCUACUGCGGGGAUGAGAUUACUUAAUUUAGAGAACAGCUUGGCGUCAGACAAGGUCUUUCAGGCUGUGGAGGAAGCGCUGCAAAAGUUCCCCUUUUCCUUUCAGGGAGCGAGAAUCCUCAGCGGCCAGGAAGAGGGUGCCUUCGGAUGGGUUACGGUCAACUACUUGGAUGAUCGCCUCAAACAGAGCUUGGAAACCAGAGGCGCCCUCGACCUUGGUGGGGCCUCCACUCAAAUUAGCUUUGUGUCAGACGAUUUUGACGGCUCCGAGUCCCCCGACAACGGCGUCGCCUUCCGACUCUACGGUAAUGACUACAACCUGUACACUCACAGCUUCCUGUGUUACGGGAAAGACCAAGCAUUACGGAUGACGCUGGCAAAACAGACUCAGUCAGGUCCAGUAUCCAUAUCAGAUCCCUGUUUCAACCCUGGUUACAUCGAGACAAAGAACUACUCCAUCGUCUAUGACAGCCCCUGCGUGUCCAACAUGAAACCCCAGGGAGCUCCUGCCACCUUCACUCACACAGGGAAAGGAAACUUCUCUCAGUGCCAAGAAGUCGUCAAACGCAACUUCAACUUCAAACAGUGCAAAUACAGCCAGUGCUCUUUCAAUGGGGUCUUCCAGCCACGGUUGCAGGGGCCAUUUGGGGCCUUCUCUGCAUACUACUUUGUGAUGAACUUCCUCAAUCUGACAGACACAUCCAUCCCUCUUGAAGCUGUCACUGAGAAGCUAUCACACUACUGUGCUACCCCUUGGAACCAGAUAAAGCAGCAGCAUCCAGGAGUGAAACUAAAAUAUCUGGCCGAGUAUUGUUUCUCUGGCACGUACAUCAUCACCCUGCUGACAGAAGGAUACAACUUCACAUCACAGAACUACCCCAACAUAAAAUUCAUCAAGAAGAUAAAAGGCAGUGACGCAGGCUGGACGCUGGGCUACAUGUUGAACCUGACCAACAUGAUUCCAGCCGAGGCCCCUGACUCCCCGCCUCUGCCCCACGCUGGCUACGUCUCCAUUGUCACUGUCAUCGCAAUACUGCUCUUCGUCCUCUUCAUCCUCAGCCUGCGUCCCCUCUGGCCCCGGUGCUCCAAACAACCACAGAUCAUAUAAAAUAUACACACACACACAAACAUAUAUGAUGUAUGUUUGAGUAAAGGUGGUGAAGGGAACAUGUGAGGGUUUGUGAGUGAGCUUAUUUACCAAUUUGUGAAAAAAAAGAUUGUCAACUUUACACUUUGCAGCCUUUAUGAGGAUUUCGAAGGUCGACUACUGCUGCAGGACUGUUUGUCCUGCAGCUUCACACGGACUCAAGGACAUUUCAGGAGGACAAAUGUUUUCUCUCACGGUGGGGGGGUAAGCUCUGCUUCUCUGGUUGAAGGACGUUUACUGUGUUUCUGCGUGAAUGCGGUUGUAUGUGUGCGUUUGAAUGUGUGCACCCACAUCAGUCUGCAUGUACAGUCUGUGUCUUUUAAUUUUAAUGUGAAUAUGAUACUGUAUAAAUAAAACAACCCAAGUUUAUAUAAAUU